AAGAUGGCCAGCUAGUGAAAGGGCAAGUGCUGAAGUGGCUGAACAUGUACAUCCGCGCGAUCGACUCUGCAACCGGCAAAGCUUCAGAAACCCACGCUGCGUACGUGGAUCGCCGCAGUGGAGGGUUGGAGGACAUGGGCGGCGUUCGGAUCAGCGUGGGCCUGCCUGCUCUGUUGCAUGCUUUCUCUUCGGGGAUGACCGGACAACAGUUGACUCCACACGAGGCGGACGACGCCAUGUUGGAGGCAUGUUGGAUUGCGUCCGCGAGGAUGACCAGCUUCACGAAUGACCUUGUGGACACCAAGAGCAUUGACCGGGACGCAUGUGAGUCGGGUUUGAGCUUGAAGCUGGCGGAUAUCAUGAAGCAAGGAAUGGCAUUGGGAUGCCUCUCAGCGGAAGAGGCCCAAGCUGAAGCGGAGGCAGUUCGGAAGCGAUGCUGCACCUGUGACCUGCCAGACAUCGCGCAGAUGGACAUGUCUGACUAUCACAACCAUAAGCUCGUAACCGACCAUUUCAUUCCAAGCCGGUUGGGCUUCGAGGUGCACAAGGUAUACCACGGCAUACUUGUGGAGACGUCGAGAGACCUGCUAGCAAAGACUGAGCACUACCUCCAUCAUGCGACGAACAAGGCAUACGCUGCUUUGGUUGUGGAGUAUAUGCUCCGCAUGAACUAUGGUUAUGAGACGUUGCAACCAUCUUGUUUCCGCUACGGGUAUGCCUUCAACAUCUAUUUGGCGGCAGCGUACAAGGAUGACUUUGAGGAAUACCAUUGCCUACUACAAGUCCACCGAGAGUGCUGUGCAGUUCUUGGGUCCGUGAUGCACCGCCGAGAAAUUGUUUAUUUCGCCCUUGUUUGCUCGUUCCUUUAA